GGGCACAGCUGAGCGUGACACUCGGGGAAGUCAAACCCCUCACUACUGCCUAGGAAGAUGACUAGACUUUAGAGACUUUUUUUUUUCCUUUAAGAAAAAAAAUUAUUGGAGCUUUUUGCUUUUUUCUUGCUUUCUUUUUUCUUUUUAUUUUUUUGGCCGUGGCUUACUCCCCAUUUAAAACAGAUCAUUGAAUCUGGUUGCAAAAAGAAAAAGAUACAGCCAAGUGCCUCCGUAUCUGGAUGUCUACAAAUUAGAGAGAGAGAGAGACAGAUCUAUCAGCUCGAUAAGAGCAAGCGAUUCAGGCCAGACGCCUGGGCUUUUUUUUCCUUCACCCGCCCCACUCCUUCGCUGGGGCUUCGCCUGCCUCCUUCCUCCGCGCACCCCCACGGGCCACUGGCAAAGUGGGGUGGGGAGUGAGGCGGGGGGGGCGGGGGCCGGCGGAGCGGCCGGGGCGGCGGGGCGGCCGAGCAUGGAAGAACAGCAGCCGGAACCUAAAAGUCAGCGCGACUCGGGCCUCGGCGCGGCGGCGACCCCGGGCGGCCUCAGCCUGAGCCUCAGUCCGGGCGCCAGCGGCAGCAGCGGCAGCGAUGGAGACAGCGUGCCGGUGUCUCCGCAGCCCGCUCCCCCCUCGCCGCCUGCAGCGCCCUGCCUGCCGUCCCUGGCCCACCAUCCGCACCUCCCCCCGCAUCCCCCGCCCCCGCCGCCGCAGCAUCUCGCGGCUCCUGCUCACCAGCCGCAGCCAGCGGCCCAGCUCCACCGCACAACCAACUUUUUCAUCGACAACAUCCUGAGGCCGGACUUCGGCUGCAAAAAGGAGCAGCCGCCACCCCAGCUUCUGGUGGCGGCGGCGGCCAGAGGAGGCGCAGGAGGAGGAGGCCGGGUCGAGCGUGAAAGGGGCCAGACUGGUGCAGGUAGAGACCCUGUGCAUUCGUUGGGUACGCGGGCUCCAGGCACCGCCUCGCUCCUAUGCGCCCCGGACGCGAACUGUGGCCCACCCGACGGCUCCCAGCCGGCCGCCGCUGCCGGGGCGGGUGUGUCCAAAGCCGGGAACCCGGCAGCGGCAGCGGCGGCGGCAGCGGCUGCAGCGGCUGUGGCAGCGGCGGCGGCGGCGGCCGCGGCGGCCAAGCCCUCGGACAGCGGCGGCGGCAGUGGAGGCGGCUCGGGGAGCCCCGGCGCACAGGGCGCCAAGUACCCCGAGCAUGGCAACCCGGCCAUACUACUUAUGGGCUCAGCCAACGGCGGGCCCGUAGUCAAAACUGACUCGCAGCAGCCUCUCGUAUGGCCAGCCUGGGUUUACUGCACUCGCUACUCGGAUCGUCCGUCCUCCGGUCCGCGCACCAGGAAGCUGAAGAAGAAGAAGAGCGAGAAGGAGGACAAGCGUCCGCGGACGGCGUUUACGGCCGAGCAGCUGCAGAGACUCAAGGCGGAGUUCCAGGCAAACCGCUACAUCACGGAACAGCGGCGGCAGACCCUGGCCCAGGAGCUCAGCCUCAACGAGUCCCAGAUCAAGAUCUGGUUCCAGAACAAGCGCGCCAAGAUCAAGAAAGCCACAGGCAUUAAGAACGGCUUGGCGCUGCACCUCAUGGCCCAGGGACUGUACAACCACUCUACCACCACGGUCCAGGACAAAGACGAGAGCGAGUAGCCGCCGCUGGCUGGGCGCGCGCGGUCCGGCCACCGAGCCCGCGCCCCCUCCUGGCACCGCCGCUGCCGCUUCUCCCACCCCGCGCCGAGGGAGAAAGCGCCAACGAGGAGGGAAGCAGCAGGGAAAGGAAAAAGAGACCGGCAGAGAGAGAUCUUCAGAAUGGACAGUCACGAAACGUUUUUGCAAAAGGAGAAAAACUGGACAGGUGCUAUCGAAAAAUAAGAUCUAUUCUCUAUUCACAGUAUAAGGGACGAAACUGCGAACUCCUUAAAGCUCUAUCUAGCCAAACAGCUUACGACCUUGUAUAUAUUUAAUUUCAGGUAAGGAAAAAAAAUAUGUGUAGCGAUCUCUAUUUGCUGGACAUUUUUAUUAAUCUCCUUUAUUAUUAUUGUUAUAAUUAUUAUAAUUAUUAUAAUUAUUUUACCCUCUACUCCGCCUCGCUGCCCCCAGCCCAGUUUCGUUUUCGUUGCCUUUUUCUUUUGAAUGUUACCGCUUCUCGGGUGCCUCCCGCCCCGCAUCGCUGGCCCUCGUUUCUCUGGGACUUCCCUUUGUGUGCGUGAGAGUGUGUUUCCUCGCGUGUCUGCCUCUCGCCUCUACCCCACCUCCCGGAGCCCUUUUGUCCGUCUGUCUGUCCUGCCCCCCCCUUUCGUUUUCCGGAGACUCGUUGAGAAAUACGACCCCACAGACUGCGAGACUGAACCGCCGCUACAAGCCAAAGAUUUUAUUAUGUUCAGAAACCUGUAGUCUGAAAUAAAGUGUACACUGUGCUCACGA